UUGUGUUUAAUGGCCAUGUAUCAACGAUGAUUGAAGGCUGAAGACGGGUUUCUCCUUUCUAAAGACUAUGCCGCUGCACUGCAUCGGCGAGAGGAGGAGUCCCUCUGAGAUAGAUAAUGAAGAGGAGACAUGCCCCAGUAUCUGGCAGAAGUCCCCAGACUCCAUCCUGCUGGACAUUUUCUAUUCCCUCAAAGCUUGUGACCUUGUCCGGGCCGCACAGACCUGCAAGGACUGGCAUCGCGUGUGUCAGGACGAGAGUUUAUGGAAGGGCCUGAUGAAAAGUCAAUGGGGUGUGAAGACCGUUUGUCUCCCACCAGGAAAGGAGAGCUGGCAAGCUGAAUACCGACGCCUCCAUUAUCUAGCUCCGGUGCAGCUCAGCGAGACGCUCACAGAUCACAACGAUGAGGUGCUACAUGUCAGCUUCUCCCAUAGUGGCGAUAUGUUCUCUACAACCUCCAAAGACGCCACUAUCAAGGUGUGGAGUGUUGGGUACCCAACAACAAUAAAAUACUCAAAAGAUUUUCGUAAAUUACUUUCCUGGGACUUCACCCAGUUCUCCUGCUUCAACCAGAGUGAUAGCAUGCUGCUGGUGUCCAGUGUCAAGACGAGGGACUUCAUGGACAGGCGCGGAUUUGUUGCCAUCCUCUCUAUUCUUCAUGAUUUCCAUAUACUGCGUGUUGUGGCGAUGGACCCGUCACAACUGUUUGGGGCAUGGCUUGAUGACAGCACAUUCUUGGGUGGUUGUCUGGAGAUUAGCCUUGACAGAUUUGCGACUACAGUCCAGAUAGAGUCGUUUGAGGUACAGCCCUCCCAUCUUGCCGAGUUGUUGUCGGAGGACUGUUCCGACAUGUGUGUGGAAGAAGGGGGAGGUCAGAGCUUGUUUACGUUCUGUAGCGAGACUGCAAGCCUCAUUAAAUUCUUGACUGUGGCUAAUGUUCCGGUGCAAUCCAGUGACCCUGAUGACCUCGGUGACCCCUACUCUGACUCUGACAUGGAGGCUGAUGGACCUGGUGAAAGAUCUGUGGAAGAACAUAUGGAAGACAAUUUUAGACUGGAAACUGAGGCUGGGUGUUCUUCCUCUUCAGGAAGGGGAGCAACUGGUGUCUCUGCUAAUUUCUUUGUAGACUAUAGUAAGUGUGGCUCCGCAUGUGGUUCUGUAGCACCACACCAAACAGUAAGCACGCAGAACAUGAUAUUUGUGACUGGUGAAUUCGCUGUGGCAUUGCAUCAGGUCGGAUUCAAAAACUUAUCAUCUCCCCCUGUCUCAGUUGACAAUACAAAGUCAAGGUCGUACCGGGACAGUGACCUCAGUUCUAGCUCUGACCUUGAGGAACUAGGAACGGAACCAAACCAAGAGGAGAGCCACAUGGUUGUCAGCUUCAGUAACAAUGACAUACAGUUACGGAGAAUACGAAAGUCGGACAAGCCAGAUCACCUGAUUGACCUCUACGGUCAUGUGACCGGAUUGUGUUUGUCACACGAUCACAGAUACUUGUUCCUCAAUUGCCGACCAUGGAUUGGUACAGUAGAUCGCACUGACCCCUGGGCAACUCCUGACCUUUCACCCUCCAUAGAGGUCAGAGUUAUUGACCUUUGCACUUUAAAAGACACGAAACUGAGAUAUACAGGCCACAAAGGUUUUUCUCCGUCGACAAUGUGUUGUUUUGUGUUCCUUGAUGUCAGUCAAGACUAUGUGGGCAGUGGGAGUGAGGACGCUAAAGGCUAUAUUUGGGACCGGCACUACACAACACUACUGUCCACCUACCAACACGGGGAGGGCGUCGUCAACGCCAUCGCCUUCUGUCCCAACAAUCAGGAAUACCUCGUAACCGUCAGCGACGAUAACACAAUCAAGAUCUGGAGGUCUAAGCGCUUAAUGAAGGGUUUGGAUGUGACUGCAGACAAUUGAAACAUGAAACAGAUGUACUAUUAAUCCUGUAUUUAGAAGACUACCUUUGGGAAGUCCAAAAAAUUGUUUCUUAAUGCUGAUUGCAGGUGGUCUCUUGAUACAGGUGCAUUUAACAAUGAGAUCACUACAAUUGGGGUGAAUGUGGCCUGUCAACACAUGCAUCCUCUUUACAGAGGUGGUCUCGUAUGCAGGUUUGUCUGUAUCUCUGAAUAGGCAUGAAGCUACAAAUGCUAAUUGACUAUAUAUGGAUUGUAAGCCAAUAUUUUCAGUAGGUAAAACGUGUUGGACUUAAAAUUGUAAGUCAUUUAAAGUGCUGAACAUACAGACAUACCAACAGAAAGAACGACUGCAGGAAAUCAAUGAAGCCUAGUGAGAACUGGAAUAGGUGUUGCAGAAAAUCACUGAGGCAUGGAAUGGAUGCUGUAUGUCACUUCAGUGAAGCUGGAGGUGUUUGUUUGUUGUUUGUUUGUGAUGUAUUCGGACUGAAAAAGUUGUAAUUACAAAUAAGCAUAUAUGGUGUAAUUACAAAUUACAAAUAAGCAUAUAUGGUGUAAUUACAAAUUACAAAUAAGCAUAUUUAUUGUAAUCACAAGUUAAAAAUAAGCAUAUAUGUUGUUAUAACAAAUUACAGAAAACCAUAUGUAUCGUAAUUACAAGUUAAAAAUAAGCAUGUAUGUUGUUAUUACAAAUUACAGAAAAGCAUAUGUAUUGUAAUUACAAGUUAAAAUUAGCAUAUAUAUAUUGUAGUUACAAAUUACAGAAAAGCAUAUGUAUUGUAAUUACAAGUUAAAAAUAAGCAUAUAUAUAUUGUAGUUACAAAUAAGCAUGCAAUAAUGUCUUUACAGCAUUACUACCAAAUCUUGGAUGACAUUUUGUUUUAAACUUGUCAGUAACCAUUUUGUAGACAUCACUCCAUGUUUUGCAGACUGAAACUGGUGUGUAUAUCUAAUAUAUGUAUGUGAUGUUUAUAAUCUGUUCAGGAAAGUGCUGAUGUGCUAAUUUAUUUUGCUUGCGUUAUUAUUCAUCAGCUGGAUGGAUGUUGUUCCAUAGUAUAAAUAUAUUUAAUAUAAAUGGAUCUAAUUUAAUAUUAAUAUAUAUUUCAUUGAAGUCGUUCCAUAUUAAGACUUUUAAAUAUGUUGUGGAACUGGACUGGAUCGAUCGUCGGCGACCAGGGACUUCAAUUGUUAGAGCGUUUUCUAGAGUUCGGAAUGUCCCGGGUUCGAAUCCAGGUCUAGCUGUUGCAUUUCUCUUUCUCUCGUUACAAAUAGAUAAUGAGUGGAUGAUGUUGCGUAGUAAAAAUAUGAAUUGUAUAAAUUAUGAGUGGGCAUUGUUCGAUAGUAAGAAUUAUAUACGAAGUAACUUACAAACAUCAUUUAAUUGUAAAAAUAGUAUAUUAUUUAUCUUUUUCCGCCAUAGCUUAUUUUUUGGGCUCGUGGGUUAUUUUUAAACGAAUAUCAUGUAUUAGAUUCACAAAGGAAAUAUGAAGCUAUGUUGAUGAACUGAACCCAUUUCUCCACACUGCCUUUUAGUGUUGAUGUUUACAUAUUAUCUUCCCAUUUAUGAUUAUACACGUUCUGAAAUCUGAAAACUACACCCAGGGUAAAUAAGUUUAAACUAUAUACCUGCGAGUGCAGAGUAACAAAAAUUACUAAAAUGUCUUGCUAUUCCGUGAAUUUUAUCCAAACACUCACUUUCUACCUCUAUUUCCUGGAUUUUAUUGCAUUAUUUCCUCAUUUUUGGAUCAGAUGUUUUCUUCAACAGAGAGUUCAAACCAUACCUUUGUGCAGAGAAAUGCAAGUUUAUCUGGAAUAGAUUGAAUUUGAAUAUGAGGUCGACCAGAUAGAUAAAUUGUGAGAUUUCAUUACCAUAUUUAUCCGACAAUAAGCCCAUGCUCGGUAAUAAGCCCCCCAAAUAUAUUGUAGUUAAAAAGAAAUGCCAACAACGCUUUUUCAUUGUCCUGUAAUAAGCCCAUCUCCCUACUUUCAGUCAGAGAUUCUGUGUUGGCCCCCUGGGCUUAUUGCAGGAUAAAUAUGGUAUGUUUAUAAUCUAGUUAGUUAAUGUUAUGUUCAUUACAACAUGUAUGUAUGAUUUCAGUGCUAUUUCUAUUGAAACAACAGCCAGUAUCAUUUAUCUUCUGUCCAUAUUGUCAACACGAACAGCAUACAGUUACUGUGCAAAAAUCACAUAACAAUCAUCGUGUACAUGUCGCUUGUGAAGGGGUAGAGAAAGUGAUUUACAUUUUGGAUGCCAGCUUUUUAGCAUAAAUUGGUUUUCAAAAUUUUCUAAUAAAAAGUAAAAAAAUGUUAUAAAAGCGGAUAUAACUGGUCAAAAAAUAGCAGAGUUAUAAUUUUUGUAUGCAGAUCAUGAACGAAAUUAUGUAGUACAUUGAGAUUUUUCCUAUACAUAUAUAUCUACUGUAUCUUGAUUCACAUAAGUAUGUUUUUUUUAAUUUAACACAAAUUUUCUGCAAUUUGCUCUGCUAUAUAUUGAAUCUGCUUCCAUUGCAUUAGAUGACUUACCUUUUGCUUAAUUUCCAGUUUUUUCGCAUAAAUUUGUAGCAAGUGUGGAUCGUGAAUUUUUAAGUAUCAUGUAAACAAUUAAUCAUACACAAGACAUACAUUUGCAGUGUAAUGCAAGUAAUUGCCCUCAGGAUUAAGUAUGAAAAAGUCAGUUUGUGAAAUUAUAGUAUGAGCGAAAUAUACGUAGUGGAGAGUAUUACUGUGCCAGUUGUACAUAAAAGGAUACAAUCUCAACUAUGUCCAUAUAUUGUCCACAUGCUGGACAUAAAUAUAAGUUAUAUACAUGUAUGUGCAUAAAAUAUGUAUACUGGUAUACAUGUAUUUCAAUUGCUUGAAAAUUUGUUUUGUAAAAUGAUAGUAAAAGCAGACUUUACCAAAAUUAGAAAGGUUUGGGUCAUUUAAAUUAUUAAAUAACAAUCGUGUGUCGGCGAAGCCAGUAAUAUGAGCAUUUUGGUCUAGUUGUGGCCAACAGGGAUAACCUUACUGUGUUUUCAGAUUUGUGGCAGUAUAUCUUGAUUAUACUGUCGCAGAUUGAGUUUUACUGGCAAUUGUGGAGCAGAGCCAGUAAAACGGAUAUUGACAAUUAUUCAAUCAAGAUAAACUGAUGGAAAUCUAAAACAUACAGUAGUGUUCAUUCUCAAUCAUGUUAGCUAAACUCACUGAAAAAUUAGUUGAUUAUUGUGAACUUUUCAGACAUUUUUGUCACUGUUGUGGAUAAAUGACUUAAGUAUCAUUUGUAGAUAAGUUGAAUCACAUGCUUUUGUUCAUGACAUCAUUAAUAAUCAAUUUCAUCACCUGUCGGGGUUAGAUGAAGUCAUUGACAUCAUUAACAAUAGCCAUCCGUGCUUUGCAGACAGUAUUUGGCAGGUGUCAGUAUAUAAAGUCAGGUUUUCACUGCAAGACAUUUCGCAAAUUGAGGUUGAUAGGUGCUUAUUUGACUGCAUUCAUUAAGAGUUGUAUCAGCUUUUAGAAUAAAAUAGUGCAUAAAGGGUAUAAAGAUGGGUGUGCAUCAUCAAACGUGUGAAUUCAAUCUUGUCUGCUAGUAAAGUAGGUUGUAUAAACAUUUUAAUGAAAAUGUAUGACUGAUUUGUGUUGUAAUAUAUGGAACUUUCUUUUGCAAUGCGUCAUCAAAUCUUGUACAUCUUGUCAGCAAAUAUUUGGUGAUGUCAUCAAUAUUUGUACAUCUUGUCAUCAAAUAUUUGGUGAUGUCAUCAAUACUUGUACAUUUUGUCAUCACGCUUUUUGUGAUGUCAUCAAAAUGUGUGUUCUAGACGUUUUAAGGCAUUUGUGAUGCCAAAACACAAGUUGUUGUGAGUUAACACUGCAGCUACUAGAUUUAUAAAAAAUACUGUAGUUUGAUAAACACAUUUGAAGAGCUCACCUAAAAAUACUCAUUUCAUGUUAGUAGAAAUCACUGUUGCUCAUGUAAGUUACUGUAUAAAGAAAAAUGUUUGUUGGUACUUUCUUUUGUGGUUUAAAGUUCAGUGGAAACCCAUUUUUUUUUAAACAAACAGCAUUUAAGUAAAUAUACCAAAAAAGUUCAAAACCAAGAAACAUUACAUGUUUCACUGUAUGUCAACUUACGGCUGGAAGUUUUCUUUUUAAACACAAUCAGCAAAGACAGUCAUCGAUCCAUGAAAGCAAUAUAAAUAGAGUAUUCUAAAUUGUACAUUAUACACCCGCCAACAUCAUUGUGGAGGCCAGAUCAGUAGUAUAGUGUACAUAUCGACUACAUUUACACGUAAAUCUUAUAGAAUAUUGCUAGAAGUUGGCUUUGUAUGUGUGCCCAAUAGUGAUUAGAUAUAUGGAGCGAGUUGUUUUCAAAUUUUAUUAAAAAAAAUUGUUAGGAAUAUAUAUGUACAAGUCAGUUUUCCCAUCAUUGUCACGUACAUACAGAUAUUUCAGUUGUGACCUUGACAUUGAAAGUAUAACCUUGACCUUCAAUUUUUCUCAGGAGACAGGUGUCAGGAAUGAAAGAAGAAUGUUGACAGACGGAUUGAUGGAUAUUCUGUUGAUGAGCAUAAUGACCUUAACCUUCAACUGGUGUCGAACAUUUGAUGUCUUGUAUAAUUCAUAAAAUUUGGUUGAAAACUUCACUUAGAAAUACAAGCAAUUUUUCCAAUCGUCAUGUAAAGAUUCUGUAACUGUGUGCGAUGAAAUUUGGUUGAAAACUUUUAGUCAGACAUGUGUGAACAAGGCAAGUUUCCCGUCAUCAUGUAAACAGUAUUGAACACUGACCUUGACCCUGAACAUAUGAUUUUGACCUUCAACUGGUUUUGGGAUAUUCAUGUUGAGGUUAUACUUGCAUGAAAUUUCUGAUUCUGUAGGUGAGACCUUAAUCUUUGAUGUGUUACCUUGAUUAAGGGCAGAGAAACUUCAAGCAAAGUUACUAGCCAAAUGACAGAUUUUCCUAUCAUCAUGUGAAGAUUCUGUAAUAAUAACAAGAGACCCAAUGGGCCUGCAUCGCUCACCUGGUAUAAAACUCACACUUGUAACCUUAAAAGUGAUCUAAA